AUGGGUUCGUCGUCGUCGCGCAAUGCUGCGUCCAACUUUCCGUCGCACGAUGAUCCAGCGUACCGGAAGUGUCAGGAGUUGAAAAUGGAACGCUGGAUACAAUUGCACUAUCAGAUAAAAGAGCGCGAAAUGGCAACUUAUAUUGCUGGCAAACGUGAGCUCUUCUAUUGGUUAAGCGCCUUCUAUAUGACCUCGAGCAUUGGUUGCUGGCAAUAUUAUCAGCACAUUCGUCGAAAAGCCGCGUUGCUACCAAUGGUUCCCUUGACCUUUGUUAUGGCCUAUUAUGCCGAUUUAGCUUACGGCAGCAAAGUACAUCGCAUUCAAGCUGAAGCCAAUAUGAUAUUAGAGCACGAGAACGAGCUGCUGCACUGGCCUGGCGGCUUGCCAACUGUAUCAUCGCUGGAUGAGGCACGUGUCGAAAAUGAAAUCGAAAAGAAAUUACAUCCACAUCCUUCAUAGGCUUAUCCAUUAACAGUUUAUCUAUGCUUUCCAUGUUAUUGAAAUCUUUACAUUUCAUAUAUUGCUCAAUGAAAUAAUUACUUUUCCAAUCAACUACAUUCAUAUGUAUUUAACCGUUUUAUAUUCACUUUUUUGAAAUUUAAACAUACAUAUUUAUGCAAUUGAAAGUUUGUGACAAUAUUCGAAUUACUUAUAAGAUUAGCCAUUUUCUAAACGUGCAUGUACUUAUAUAUGUAUAUGUAUAUACGAAUAUUUCGCAAUUAUUGAUGUGUAUAAACGAUUUUUUACUAUUCAAUAUAAUUAUAUUGUCCAUAAUAUCAUAGUAAUUUUGGAAAUGUUAAAAAGAUACUUUAAGAAAGUCGAGUUCUAACUACAUACAUUUAACGCACAUACAAUAUAUGAAAAUAACAGUAUCGAAAUGUUAUCGUAUAAUAUAUUAUAAUAAAUAAUUGUCAUAAUAUACUAUUAUACAUUUGUACGCAUGCAUGUACAUACACAAAUGUAUGCAAAGUAAUAGCAGAACUUCGUAUUCGAGGGGUUUCAAAACUAUCAUUCAACCUUAAUUCAUGUGAUUGAUCAUAGUACUUACUUACAAAUAUACUCUUAAUUACAUUUAAUGAAUUAUAAUAGUGCAAAUUCAAAAAUUACGAAAAAAUAAUAAAAAGGUGUACGAAUAAUUCUUGUUAGAAAAAUCGAUACAGCAAUUUGCUAAUAAAUAUUUAUUUCUUUAAAAUCCUUAA